CCUCAGAGCUGUAAGCAUACAUGAUUGGAGAGGGUUGAUGGUCAUCCUGUGGUAGGAUGAAUGACAACCAGGUUGCAGAUUUUAACAAGAUGCUCGAGGAUCUGGGUCACAUGAUCGGUGACUUGGAUAACCUUGAUGGGUCUGGUACGCAGUAAUUAUCAAACUAAAGCGGUUAGCAGAAACUGCCAGCGACAAAACAAUCGACGCAGUUGGACACUUCAGCCCAGAAGUCACACCACGCUAUUAUCAACGGGCUUUUAAUACGGAUAAGCGCUUUUUGUAGAUGCGCCAACGGAAAAGAUUUACCCAUGGUUUCAUACUCGAAGAACUCGAAAUACGAAGUUGCCAUAUCCUAACAAAGUACCAAGGGUGGGAAAGCAUCCAUAUCCAUCGGCAUAUCUUAGGAAGCCGAUGCGAUAUUUCGAUCGAAUUUGACCAGGAGCUUAUGCUCGACAGCCUAUUGGCGGAAUGUGACGACUGUGACGAUGAUAGGCCGCUGAUUCCCCCGCGGGAGCCCAUCGUUGCCAUGAAGCUUUCUCCUCCUCCGCAAAGGCAAAAAAAGUCCCUAAACACCCACAUGUGGGUCACCCUCCCUGAUAAGGAGUGUCUACCGUCAGGGGAGGUCGCCUCCGAUGGGGAAGUAACUGGGAAGUUCACCCAGAAGUCGGACUUCGAACAGGACGCUCCACAGUCGCCGGGCUCGAUGCCCAUCAAGGUAUUCAAUGAAGACAACAGCUCUGUAACGUUCAGCGUCGGUCAGAACACUACUGCAAUGGAGGCGUGCUACAAGCUGGUGCUACUAAACGCCAUCAAGGAGGAUCCCACAUGGGUCUUAGUGGAACAUCUAACGGAUCUUGGCAUCGAACGAAAUCUUGAAGAUCACGAAAAAGUGAUCGAUGUGUACAACUCGCUGGCUGGAAACUCAAAACUUCUUUUUAGAAAAGAUCCAACAAAAUACGACUUUUUCACGAACACGGCGAAAUACGCCGACACCAAAUUAUUUGAAGACGAAAAUACCGAGGACAAGGCGGUUUCCGAAAAGGCCCGAAAAGCGAAGAAAAUAUUAUUAAUGAAUCUCCUGAGUAAAUGCACAAGAGUUCCAGAAAUUUCCGACGUCCUCCACAUUAAAGAUUACACCAAGAAAUCUUGGACAAAAAAGUUUAUUAUUUUGCGGGGAUCCGGAUUGUACACCUCACAUAAAGGAAAAUCUAAGGCAUUCAAAGACCUCCAGUCGUUUGCGCAGUUCGAUGGCAACAACCUGUACACGAUGCUAAACGCUAAUAAAUCUCACAAGGCACCUACGAACUUCGCCUUUAGUCUCGCGCCUUCUGGUAAGGACGCUAAAGAAGUCAAGUGCUUCUGCGUAGAUGAAGAGAAAAUGUAUUUAGGCUGGCUACUCGGCAUUCGAUUGGCUAAGUAUGGGCCUCAACUUCGACAAAAUUACGAUGACAUGCUGAGAAAGUUUGCGAUUCUCGCCAGAUUGGAGCCGCUGCCACCGGUAAUGGAUACGCCUCCUCGGCCAGUGCCAACAGAAAGCCAGCCUGUCAAUCAAGAUUCGUUACCUAGUGACCGUGUUGCCAUGGAUUUUACUGGUACACGGGGCAAGCUCGUCACAAACUGUAAAGAGAUUGAGGAGUUGACGAAGCGACAAAAACCGCAACUUUCACGCCGACUGUCGGCAAAUCAUUUCAUCAGCAAUUCCUCGUCGACAGGUAAGGAACUUGCCGAAGAGUUCUGGUUCCACGGGCGCAUAUCUCACGAGGAGGCGCUAGUUCUUAUGAAAAGAGAGGGAUUCGAAGAUGGGUUGUUCCUGGUUCGAGAAAGUUGCAGUGUAUCCGAUGUAUACGUGUUAACGUUCUGUAUGAACAAAAAAGUCUUUCAUUGCCAGCUUGUGCAGGAUAUCGGACCUGGCAGCAAAAUGUACUAUCGACUGGACAAGGGUCCGGCAUUUCCGUCUAUCCUUGAAUUGAUCAGAUAUUAUCAAAGAAAGACAGUCAAUGGCAUCUCGGUGGCCCUAAGACGACCCUGUACCGUCAAGAGACGGCGGAAUUUCUCAUGUGUUUGACGACCAUUCGAAACUCCAGUCGCCAUAAGCACAGUGGGUGUUUAUUUUUUUUUAAAGGGGAGGGUACAUAUUAUGGCCAUGUUUGUAAUUAAUGUAUGGGGGAUUGCUCUGGUCUGAGAAAUUCCACAAAACCCUCCUCAGGGUGCAGACGAGUGCGUCACCAAGGUUACGCCGGUCUAGAAUAGAACUGGUGUGCCCCAGGGCAUAAAUGCUCUGUCAAUGAAACAAAGUUCGUUGCGUUAAUUAUGAAUAGUUCCCUAACAAGCUCCAGAUCGUCUGAAAAAAUGUUUUUUUUUUUUAUUUUUUUAAUAAAUGCUCUGUCUUUGUUAUGUUUUCUACUACCACUACAUGACCUGGACUAACCAGGCAAUUCAACAAGUGCUUGAUUCAGAAAAAGACACUACAUUCGAUCCUUUACAUAGGGAGCUAGUAUUCAGAAUGGAAAUUAGAAGCUUAUUUUGAAUGAAAUAAAAAGCAUUAAUAUGAAGCCAUGGUAUGUCCAAAGAAUUCAAAGAGUUCUUCAAAUAAAAUCCAAAAUCUCUAAAAUCUGAUCAUCAGGGGCGGUUCCAGGAGGGGCGGGGGGCGAAGCAAGAGUUUCAAGAAAGGGGGCGGAUUCAUUGUUCUUCUCUAUUUUUAAGCCAAAUAUCCGAAAAUAGGUGUGGGCGGGGCCCGCUCGGGCCACCCCUAGAUCCGCCCUUGAUCACUCCAUUCAUUUGUCAAAAAGCAUUUUCAAACUUACUUGCGUUCUGCAAAAGCCUAUUCAAGUCAGGCUGUCGAAGAAAUAUAUUUGAUUGAUUGUUAUAAAUAAUUUUUCAUUGUAUUUUCCCUGUUAUUAUUAUGUCUUUGUUGCAUAAUCGAAGAUCCAACGUACUUUGCGAGCGCUCCCAAAAGUCAAUUCCCGGGCAGGAUUUUCGUGGCCGAGAAAAAGAGCGCUGAAUCUUUGAGCAUGUUUUUGGUGUUGAUUGAUAAGCAUUGUAAAACACAAUUCUCUCUUUCCUUUAUAUAAUAAAAAUCAACAAACUUC